CAAAGACAGCGGUCAUGCCCUGCCGCUUCUCGCACGGCCGACGACCGGCUACAGUAGUCGGCAUUUCCCGCUUUUUUCAAUUGCCACCCCAUAUUGAAAAACUUUGGGCUCCAAUCCAGCACGCAGCAGCCCACACUGCUUGGAGGAGGUUGUCUCAGAGCGUUCUGCUAACGCUGUUUAUUGUCUGCCAAACACACACUAGGAGCCCCUGGCAUCUGCGACAUGACUUUUGCACCCAAAGAUUGGCGGAUCGGUUGGUUGAGGCAUGGAGCAUGCAGCCCAAAGAGCGGAGACGCAAUGCCAGAGAGCGAUCAGGGUACGGUACUGCGCUGCAUCCCGAACUGGAGAUUGCUCGGUUGUUUGAACGGAGAGCUGAGCAACGACCCGGUAGAUCAUUUCGCGCUACUCUGGCACUACCGGAGCGCCGGCUCCUGGAUAAAACGGAAAGCUAUUUUCUCUUUUGCCUAUUGCACCAUCACCGCCGGUCCGCGCGGCGCUCCCGAAUAGGCAGUAUGAGAGGCUUCCCUGCAUUAUUGGUGUGGUGCUACCAGCCGCACCAUGUUACUCUGCAAACUGACCGCAAGAAGACGGAAUUAAAUUAAACAAUCAAUCAUUACACAUGAAAACCAUACUGUACUGCGACGGGCGAAAUCGGACAAGAG